AUGCACGCGUUCUCGAUUGUUACGCUUGGGAUUUUCAUCGCGGGUUACUCCACUGCUCGCUGGGACCUCGUUACUAGGCUGUACGAGCUUGCUAUAUUCGCUUGGGAUCACGGCGUGGUGACCAGAGCGGGCAAGGGAUUCGCCGUCCUAUCAGUCUUCUUCUUCCUCCUAUUCAUACCCAUUGAGCGUAUCGCUGCUCACGAAGCCAACCUGCAUCCUCGUACACUCGCCAGCGGCAUAUCAGCCCGGGAGCAACUGAAGCGGCGCGGCUCCUUCUAG